AUGGGCGACGACACGGAUGCGAAGGAGAAGGAUGGCGAUGCGCUGCAGUAUGUGCAGUAUGAUGGAUCGAAGGAGGAGACGUAUCUACCUGCGAUUCGGCAGCUGAUCUCCAAGGACCUCUCGGAACCCUACAGCAUCUAUGUCUACCGGUACUUUCUGUAUCAAUGGGGGGAUCUGUGCUACAUGGCGCUAGAUAGCGCAAAUGAGCUCAUCGGCGUCGUAGUCUGCAAGCUCGAGCCCCACCGCAGCGGCCCCUUCCGCGGCUACAUCGCCAUGCUCGCCGUCCGCGAAUCGCACCGCGGCAAAGGAAUCGCUACAAAACUUGUGUGCAUGGCCAUUGAUGCUAUGGCCGCUCGCGAUGCCGACGAGAUCGUGCUCGAAACCGAGGUCACAAAUACGGCAUCGCUCAAGCUGUACGAACGCUUGGGCUUUCUGAGAAGCAAACGUCUGCACAGAUAUUACCUCAAUGGAAAUGCGGCGUUUAGAUUAAUACUCUAUAUGAAGGAGGGUACGGCGCUGAAGAGACCACCGGGAAUGGAGACGGCGCCGGCGGGGCAGAUGAUGGGCGGGCCGCCGAAGAUGGAGGAGUACAGGGGAUUUGCCCAGGAUGUGGGGGUGGGAGAACAGGCUUUUGUUACUUGA